AUCAAACAAACGAUGUUACCAAGCUCGACAAGCAGCUCAAAAAAGCUUAGAAAAGCGUCAAGCUGUCUCUCAUAAUAAGAUUAUUACAGAAAUCAAAGCCCUAUUAUUAGAUUUUAAUCAAGAACAGCUUGAUGAUAUUUAUAAAAUAUUAACUAAGCUUAUGAAUAAUGAAACCAUUA